GUUCACAAGAACUCCCUCCCCACCCUCUGCCUAAAGAAUCAUGCCUCUGCAGCACUUUUUUUUUUCUUUUUUUCUUUUUCUUCUUCCUUCUUUUCUUCUCUGCCUUUUCAUUCUAUGAUCUUGCGUAUCCACCUCAUGACCAGUCUCUACCAGGCACUGGUGUUUCUCUAGAUUGCUAUUUGGGAUUUGACUUUUGGAGAUCUAAGGAAACCAUGGAACCCAACAAGGAAGAUAAUGUGUCACUGGCACCUACAGCUCUAGUCACAGCACCUCCUAGUCUACAAGAUGCUUCAUCUCAGCCAGGUUUCUCUGCCAUACCACCUGUGGGUCCUCCUUUCUCCCCACCAAUGUCUCCAAUACCACUGAUGCCACAUCCUCCUGUUUUCCUACCUACUACUUUUAGCCCACCUGUUUCACUUAAUGGUGGAGGGAAAACCAGUGACUUGGAUUCUGAUUCAGACGACCAACUUUUUGGGAUAUCUGAAGAGAGUAGGCAGUUCAGUAGACCUCUUACCAGCUGCUCUUCACACACGAUGGGAAAAUACUUGCCACGUGGUAUGUCUCUCUUCUGUCUCCUUCGUACUCUCAAACACAAACUUACAUAUUCUUCACAUUUACUGUUUCUUAUCAAUAACAUACUCCUCCUCUGUUUAGUAAUUGGUUUUUUUUCCUCUGUUUACUAAUUGGUUUUCCUUUCUUUGUCUAGUUCUCUAAGUGGAGUUACUAAACUCUGGGAGAUGCCUCAAGUUACAAACAAGAUUUCUGUCUUUAAGGACCACAAAGAA